CUUCGUUCUUUCUUCUGUGUGUCUGUUUUUGUAUCGUUGAACACGAGAAAGAGAGAGAGUCUCUGCAAAAGAGAAAAUUAUUAAAAAUAAACCUCUUUUUUGACUCUCUCUUAUCUCUUCCACAUUCAUUUUCUUAUAAUUAAACUUAAAUUUUUUAAAUUCGUACCUCAAAUUCUCGAUCUCAUCUCAUCUGGGUCGGGUUUUAUUUCUCCGAUUACCGCCGUUUUCAGGUUUCUAAAUUUAGAAAAAAUAUUAAAUUUUUGAGAGAGAAGAGCUGAGUUAUGGGCAAUUGUUGUGCAAUUCCUUCUUCUAGCUCUACAGCUGAGAAGAAAACUAAUGGGAAGAAUGAAAAUAAGAAAAAUCCGUUCUUUGGAAAUGAUUAUGUUGUGAACAAUGGAUCUGGAUUUAUGGAUCAUAAGUUAGUGGUUUUGAAAGAGCCUACUGGUCGGGAUAUCUCGACUCAUUAUGAUCUGGGUCGUGAGCUUGGUCGUGGCGAAUUUGGGAUUACGUAUUUGUGUAUCGAUUUGAACACCAAUGAGCAGUUUGCUUGUAAAUCUAUAUCGAAGAAGAAGCUGAGGACUGCGGUGGAUAUUGAGGAUGUUAGAAGGGAGGUUGAGAUAAUGAAACAUUUGCCUCAUCACCCUAAUAUUGUGACUCUCAAGGAUACUUUUGAGGAUGAUGAUGCUGUGCACAUUGUGAUGGAAUUAUGCGAGGGAGGCGAGUUGUUCGAUAGGAUUGUUGCCCGUGGUCAUUACACUGAAAGGGCAGCUGCUGCUGUUAUGAAAACAAUUGUGGAAGUUGUUCAGAUGUGCCAUAAGCAUGGAGUCAUGCAUCGUGAUCUCAAACCAGAGAACUUUCUGUUUGGAAAUAAGAAGGAAGUAGCUCCUCUGAAAACAAUUGAUUUUGGAUUGUCAGUCUUCUUUAAACCUGGGGAGAGAUUCAAUGAGAUUGUAGGAAGUCCUUAUUACAUGGCUCCGGAGGUUCUAAAACGGAAUUAUGGCCCAGAAAUUGAUGUAUGGAGUGCUGGAGUUAUCCUCUAUAUUCUUCUUUGUGGUGUCCCACCUUUUUGGGCAGAAACUGAGCAAGGGGUAGCACAAGCAAUUAUUCGCUCUGUGAUUGAUUUCAAGAGGGAUCCAUGGCCUAAAGUUUCUGAAAAUGCAAAGGACCUAGUGAAGAAAAUGCUAAAUCCUGAUCCUAAGCUACGACUUACAGCUCAGCAAGUGAUUGAACAUCCUUGGUUACAAAAUGCUAAGAAAGCUCCAAAUGUCUCAUUGGGUGAGACUGUGAAAGCAAGACUCAAACAGUUUUCUGUGAUGAACAAGCUCAAAAAAAGAGCUCUUAGGGUUAUAGCUGAGCAUUUAUCGGUGGAGGAGGUGGCGGGCUUAAAGGAGGCCUUUGACAUGAUGGACACUUCCAAAAGAGGCAAGAUUAACCUUGAGGAGCUUAAGAUUGGAUUACAAAAGCUUGGCCAACAAAUUCCUGAUGCAGAUCUUCAAAUUCUUAUGGAUGCUGCUGAUGUUGAUGGUGAUGGAAAUUUGAAUUAUGGGGAGUUCGUUGCAGUUUCAGUGCACCUUAAAAAGAUGGGCAAUGAUGAUCACAUACAUAAAGCUUUUGCAUUUUUUGAUCAAAAUAAAAGUGGUUACAUAGAGGUUGAAGAGUUGAGAGAAUCCUUAAAUGAUGAAGUUGACACUUGUAGCGAGGACGUCAUCAAUGCCAUCAUGCAGGAUGUCGAUACAGACAAGGAUGGGCGCAUAAGUUAUGAGGAGUUUGCUUCAAUGAUGAAGGCGGGUACAGACUGGAGAAAGGCCUCCCGGCAAUAUUCACGGGAAAGAUUCAACAGUCUGAGCUUAAAAUUAAUGAGAGACGGGUCACUGCAGGUAGCCAGUUGAGGUAGAAAGAGAAUCAGUGUCCAACAGAGAUGGAAAUCUUCUACUGUUCGGGUUUUAUGAGAUUAUCGUCAUUUUUUCAUUUCCAAUUUGAUGAGACAUUUUGGAUAGGUAGGAUUAAAGUGACGGUGUUAGUGUCUUAAUUCGUUGUGUUUAGAAUUUGUUUACCCUGAGAUAGUUGCAGGAGAAAGAUGCAGAUAUAACAGAAAGAUUUGGCAAGGUAUUGAACCACAGUGUCGAAAUGUGGUUGUAAAUAUAUCACGAGUUAGAUUAAACAUUUGUUCUAAUUCCAUUUCUUUUGCUUCCAUUAGUGAUUCCAUGCAAUUGAUUAUGUGAUUUCGGUUA